AUGUCGUUUGCACGACCCACCCCUGCCGGAGGAGACGGCACCCACGACCAUUGGCACGGAGGCAACCAAAAUGGCAACAACGGUGGAAGUCAUCACGGCUGGCAGCAUAGCGGUGGCGGAAACCACAAUAGUGGAAGCCAUAGCGGCUCUUCCUCCGACGGUACAUGUAAAUCACCAACCACUCGUGUGGAAUGGACGACAUUGACACAGGAUCAGAAAAACGCGUAUUUUGAAGCCGAGCUAUGCCUUCUGGCAGCACCCGCUCAACUGCAAGCCCGGAUAGACGGUGUCGUCUCCCGAUAUGACGAUCUUGUGGGAUCUCACGUCAAGCAGGGGAACAUCAUGGGAGGCGUAGACUUGUGGCACGUUACUGGACAGUUCUUAGCGGCGCAUCGCUACUACGUUCACACUCACGAAUACUUGCUCCGUAACGAGUGCGGCUAUACCGAUCCGCUUCCCUACUGGAACGAACAACCCGACGCCGGGUCAUUUGCAACAUCAGAAACCGUACUCGAUUUUGGCGGUGAAGGAAUUGAAGAGAAUGAUUAUGCCGUGGUAGAUGGACCUUUUGCCAACCUCACUCGCUACCUUGGGCCUGGCACGACCAACACUGCGCACCUGUUGACUCGUGAAGGCGACCCUGAGAAUUCUAAGCUCGGCAACCAGACGUAUGUGGAUGCGGUCAUGGCCGAGACCUCUUUUGCGGCUUUCCAAAAACUUCUGUUCAAUACGUUGCACGCUGCAGGCCAUGGCGGCGUUGGUGGAGAUAUGGUCAACCCCAUCUCAUCGCCUGACGACCCCAUCUUCUUCAUGCACCACGGAUACUUGGACUAUGUCUGGUGGAAAUGGCAAGGACGAAAUGAUACGAGAAUUCACGAUCUAGAGGGUGCCGGAAACGAAACACAGGCUGAACCAGCCACCGGCUAUGUGCCAACGUCAGAAACUACCAACCUAUACAUGUAUGAUAUAUUACCCAACAUCACUGUCGGCGACGUUUUGGACACUCAGGGCGGAUACCUGUGCUAUAUCUACGCCUGA